AUGGCAGAACAGAAAUCACCUUCAACUCUCGUAUUACGUAAGCCUGACUUUGAACCUAGUACCAUUAAAUCAGCUUACCUCAUCGAUCGAACACAUCUCUCUCGCAACUCAAUGGAUCAACUCCAACAUAACGUAGGCACAAACAUGAUUCAGCAAGCUUUAGAUGGAAGCACGGUUGAUAAUAACGUGCAGCAACAAGGUGCGCCACAGUCUGGAUUUGUGAUCACGACGUCCGCGAUGGCUCUCUGGGACUAUGUGCAGACGAUCGUGCAGGAUGAGCAAGAGCAUGCGCAGACCCAUCCGCAUGCAGCAUGUCCUCCCCGCCCUCCCAUUCCAAUGUCGCGUCGCGACAGAUGCAUACUGACACUCAUACUCGAGGAAAAAAGAGACAAUUUGAAGUAA